AUGUGUAUUCUUAUAUCGACGACCGAGCACCCUGACUAUCCGUUUCUCUUACUAUCAAAUAGAGAUGAGUAUUACGCCAGACCAACUAAAGGAGCCCAUUUCAGAACUCUAGAAAAUGGCACUCAAAUUUUGGCUCCUUUAGAUCUAGCAAGAACUGAACACGGAACUUGGAUCGGUGUUACUACUAGUGGCAAAAUUGCAGUUCUAGUCAAUUACAGAGAAGAGGAUAAUACUCCUGAACUUGGUGAGAUAUCAAGAGGAAUACUCCCAUUGGAUUAUCUUUCAUCUAUUUCAUCCGAUGAAGAUUGGUAUCAGAAUUUAGAAAAUGAGCUAGCAAAGAAGAGUAUUCGUGAUACUAAAGUAAGUCUUCGUAAAAUUGGAGGGUUUUCAUUAUUAUAUGGUAAAUUAGAUAUAAAUCAUAAUACUGGAAAAAUUAAUCAUUUAAAUAUAUUGAGUAAUCGUGGUGAUAGAGGUAGGGUUCAUGAUAGUAUGUUGGCAGGAGCAUGUCCCACCGAUGAAGAAUUAAAAUCUCAUGAAGACGUUGCUUAUCAAACUACUUUUGGAUUAUCUAAUUCACUUUUUUAUAAACCUUGGCAAAAAGUAGAUAUCGGUAAAUCUAGAUUAGAAGAAUUAGUUUCCAAAUCAAUUGUUGAAAAUUAUACUCAUGAUGAAUUAAUUCAACAUUGUUUUGAUGAUAUCUUAAGUUAUAAUACUUUUGAUGCUGAAGCGGCUGACAAAGCACAAACUCUUGAAGAUAAAUUUUUGGAAUUACGAAAAUCCAUCUUCAUACCUCCUUUGAAAACUGGUGUUUCCAAGCCUUUGAAAAGUUCUUUUGUUGGUUCGUAUUAUGGUACAAGAACUCAAACAGUAAUUGCCUUACAUAAAUCAGGGGUUUUACAUUAUUAUGAACACGAUAUUCAUGAUUCUGAUGAACUGAGUAAGGAAUUCAAAGUUAAAAAACAACAUUUCCAAAUCCCCCUUUCAGUUCCCCAAUAG